AUGGACGCCAUUACCCAAGCCAUUUUGAACCGCUCCAAGCUGGAGGUGGAGUUGAUCAAAAUCUCGCAGCCAAAGGAGGACUCCUUCGUCAUGACCAUCGAGAGCAGGGUCACGGGCACCGGACCCAUGGGUGCGACUAUGCAGCCGAUGACCGUCGACAUGAUGUUCAACGGCGGCUGCUUUGGCAAGCUGGACCUGCCCGAGGUCAAGACGAAGUCGAGCGGUACCUUGGUCGUCGUUACGGACCAGCUCAUUAAAAUCAUCGAUCGCAAUGCCUUCAUGGCCUUCGUCAAGGCCAUCAUGUGCGACGAUAACUUGAUCCUGAGACUCGACAACGGCGACUGCACCAUCAAGGCGCUCGGCCUGUCAGCCAAAGUCAAGUACGCCAAGGAUGUGCACAUCGUUGGCAUGAAGGGUCCCAAGCUCGCUCAAGUCAACUGUUCGCCCAGAGGAAGUGGUUUCGCCAACACGAUGAAGGUCUACAACCCCAGCCCGCUCGAAAUCGACCACGGCGUCAGCAUGUUCGAGCUGCGCAACGAGGCCACUGGCGAGGUUUUGGCGGAGCUCAAGGGAGACCUGAAGAUCGUGAAGGGCGAGUUCGAAGUAACAAUGGAAGGAACCAUUAAGAAGGGCACCAAGCCGUCCGACAAAGGAGUGAUGGUCGGUCUCGGUACGCAAGAGAAGAACUGGUGCAACGAAACGAUCAAGUAUAUCCAUUGCCCGUUCUCUGUCACUCCUCAAUUUUCCCAGAUGCUCCAGUAG